CCUCCGGCCCCGGGUCUCCCGGUGUCCUCGCUCCGCUUGUCCGCGCGCAGCCUGGCAGUUUGCCUCUUCCUCCUCUGUCCUCCAGCCCGCGUCCAUGGCCACCGCCGCAACCGAGGAGCCUUUCCCUUUCCACGGUCUCCUGCCGAAGAAAGAGACCGGGGCCGCCUCGUUCCUCUGCCGCUACCCGGAGUAUGACGGGCGCGGGGUGCUCAUCGCGGUCCUGGACACCGGGGUGGACCCGGGGGCUCCAGGCAUGCAGGUUACAACUGAUGGAAAACCAAAAAUCAUCGAUAUCAUUGAUACAACAGGAAGUGGUGAUGUGAACACUGCUACAGAAGUAGAGCCAAAGGAUGGUGAAAUUAUUGGUCUUUCAGGAAGAGUUCUUAAGAUUCCUGCGAGCUGGACAAAUCCUUCAGGAAAAUACCAUAUUGGCAUAAAAAAUGGCUAUGACUUCUAUCCAAAGGCUCUCAAGGAAAGGAUACAGAAAGAACGGAAGGAAAAAAUUUGGGAUCCUAUUCACAGAGUGGCCCUUGCAGAAGCCUGCAGAAAACAGGAAGAAUUUGAUGUUGCCAACAAUGGCUCUUCCCAGCUCCUGCCUCCGGGUUCCUGCCUUGAGUUCCUGUCCUGGCUUCCCUCAGUGAUGGAUUGUGACCUGGGAGUUGCCAAUAAACUAAUCAAGGAGGAGCUUCAAAGUCAAGUGGAAUUGCUCAAUUCUUUUGAGAAAAAGUAUAGUGAUCCAGGCCCUGUAUAUGACUGCUUGGUGUGGCAUGAUGGUGAGACCUGGAGAGCCUGUGUUGAUUCUAAUGAAAAUGGGGACUUGAGUAAAUCUACUGUUCUGAGGAACUACAAAGAGGCCCAAGAAUAUGGCUCUUUUGGCACAGCUGAAAUGUUGAAUUACUCUGUUAAUAUUUAUGAUGAUGGAAACCUACUCUCCAUUGUGACUAGUGGAGGAGCUCAUGGAACCCAUGUAGCAAGUAUAGCUGCUGGGCAUUUUCCAGAAGAGCCUGAAAGGAAUGGAGUCGCUCCUGGUGCUCAAAUUCUCUCCAUUAAGAUUGGCGAUACAAGGCUAAGUACCAUGGAAACAGGCACAGGCCUCAUCAGAGCUAUGAUAGAAGUUAUAAAUCAUAAGUGUGAUCUUGUCAACUACAGCUAUGGAGAAGCAACUCACUGGCCAAAUUCUGGGAGAAUUUGUGAAGUAAUCAAUGAAGCAGUAUGGAAACAUAAUAUAAUUUAUGUUUCAAGUGCUGGAAAUAAUGGUCCAUGCCUUUCUACAGUUGGUUGUCCAGGUGGUACUACAUCAAGUGUGAUAGGUGUUGGUGCUUAUGUUUCUCCUGAUAUGAUGGUUGCAGAGUAUUCACUGAGAGAGAAAUUACCUGCGAAUCAGUAUACAUGGUCUUCUAGAGGCCCAAGUGCUGACGGGGCCCUUGGUGUGAGCAUCAGUGCACCAGGAGGUGCCAUUGCUUCUGUUCCUAACUGGACAUUGAGGGGGACUCAGCUAAUGAAUGGGACAUCGAUGUCUUCCCCCAAUGCCUGUGGAGGCAUUGCCCUAGUACUUUCAGGUCUGAAAGCAAAUAAUGUUGACUAUACCGUUCACUCAGUUAGAAGAGCUCUAGAAAACACUGCAGUCAAAGCCGACAAUAUAGAAGUAUUUGCCCAGGGACAUGGCAUUAUUCAGGUUGACAAAGCCUAUGACUACCUCGUUCAGAAUACAUCAUUUGCCAACAGAUUAGGUUUUACAGUUACAGUUGGAAAUAACCGUGGCAUCUACCUCCGAGACCCUGUUCAGGUGGCUGCUCCUUCAGAUCACGGUGUUGGUAUUGAGCCAGUAUUUCCAGAGAACACAGAAAACUCUGAAAAAAUAUCCCUUCAGCUUCAUUUAGCUUUAACUUCAAAUUCAUCUUGGGUUCAAUGUCCCAGCCAUUUGGAACUCAUGAAUCAGUGUCGACACAUAAAUAUACGUGUGGAUCCCAGGGGCUUAAGAGAAGGAUUGCAUUAUACAGAGGUAUGUGGCUAUGAUAUAGCAUCCCCCAAUGCAGGUCCUCUGUUCAGAGUUCCAAUCACUGCAGUUAUAGCAGCAAAAGUAAAUGAGUCAUCACAUUAUGAUCUAGCCUUUACAGAUGUACAUUUUAAACCGGGUCAGAUUCGAAGGCAUUUUGUUGAGGUUCCUGAGGGCGCAACCUGGGCUGAAGUUACUGUGUGUUCAUGUUCUUCUGAGGUAUCAGCAAAGUUUGUUCUUCAUGCGGUACAGCUUGUGAAGCAGAGAGCAUAUCGAAGUCAUGAGUUUUAUAAGUUUUGUUCCCUUCCAGAAAAAGGAACACUGACUGAAGCUUUUUCUGUCCUGGGCGGGAAAGCAAUUGAAUUUUGUAUUGCUCGUUGGUGGGCAAGUCUCAGUGAUGUCAAUAUUGAUUAUACCAUAUCUUUCCAUGGGAUAGUGUGUACUGCACCUCAGUUAAACAUUCAUGCAUCCGAAGGAAUCAAUCGUUUUGAUGUUCAGUCCUCUUUAAAGUAUGAAGAUCUGGCUCCCUGCAUAACUUUGAAGAGUUGGGUCCAAACACUACGCCCAGUAAGUGCAAAAACCAAACCUUUAGGAUCAAGAGAUGUUUUGCCAAAUAAUCGCCAGCUUUAUGAGAUGGUCCUGACUUACAACUUUCAUCAACCCAAGAGUGGAGAAGUAACACCUAGCUGUCCACUUCUUUGUGAAUUGUUAUAUGAGUCAGAAUUUGACAGCCAACUAUGGAUUAUUUUUGACCAGAACAAAAGACAAAUGGGUUCAGGCGAUGCCUAUCCACAUCAGUAUUCUUUGAAAUUGGAGAAAGGAGAUUAUACAAUUCGACUACAGAUUCGUCAUGAGCAAAUCAGUGAUUUGGAUCGUCUUAAAGAUCUCCCGUUUAUUGUUUCUCAUAGGUUGUCUAAUACCUUGAGCUUAGAUAUUCAUGAAAAUCAUAGCCUUGCACUUCUAGGCAAGAAGAAAUCAAGCAAUUUGACAUUGCCACCAAAAUAUAACCAGCCAUUCUUUGUUACUUCUUUACCGGAUGAUAAAAUACCUAAGGGAGCAGGACCUGGAUGCUACCUUGCAGGAUCCUUAACAUUGUCAAAGACUGAACUUGGAAAGAAAGCUGGGCAGUCUGCAGCAAAACGACAAGGAAAAUUUAAAAAGGAUGUAAUCCCUGUUCAUUACUACCUAAUACCUCCACCAACAAAGACUAAGAAUGGCAGCAAAGAUAAAGAAAAAGAUUCAGAAAAAGAAAAAGAUUUAAAAGAAGAGUUUACUGAAGCACUACGGGACCUUAAAAUUCAGUGGAUGACAAAGCUGGAUUCUAGUGACAUUUACAAUGAACUGAAAGAAACAUAUCCUGCUUACCUUCCUCUGUAUGUUGCACGGCUUCAUCAAUUGGAUGCUGAAAAGGAGCGAAUGAAAAGACUGAAUGAAAUUGUUGAAGCUGCAAAUGCUGUCAUUUCUCACAUCGAUCAGACUACCCUAGCAGUUUAUAUUGCAAUGAAGACUGACCCUAGGCCUGAUGCAGCUACUAUAAAAAAUGAUAUGGACAAACAGAAAUCCACGCUGGUAGAUGCGCUUUGCAGGAAAGGAUGCGCGCUGGCUGACCACCUUCUUCACACACAGCCUCACGAUGGGGCAGCAGCUGGAGAUGCAGAGGGAAAGGAAGAAGAGGGAGAAAGUACUUUGGAUUCUCUGUCAGAAACAUUCUGGGAAACAACAAAAUGGACAGAUCUUUUUGACACUAAGGUUUUAACAUUUGCCUAUAAGCAUGCAUUAGUAAAUAAAAUGUAUGGGAGAGGCCUUAAGUUUGCAACUAAACUCGUAGAAGAAAAGCCAACAAAAGAAAACUGGAAAAAUUGUAUUCAACUGAUGAAAUUACUUGGAUGGACCCAUUGUGCAUCUUUCACUGAAAACUGGCUCCCCAUCAUGUAUCCUCCUGAUUAUUGUGUAUUCUAAAAUAAGAACCAAGAUUUUAAAUUCCAAAAAGAAAAUUUUAUAAUGAACGGAUAUAUGAACAGAUUUGUGGCAUUUUUAGUCUAAUGCAUGUUUUCAUUCACUAUCCAAUACUGAUCAUUAAAAUAAUGUGUAUUUAUCAGAGAACUCACUGGUGUGUGGCUUAAUACAUGUAAACCUAGACCUCUGACAUCAUGCUGUUUUCAUAGUGCCUCCCACACUUGGCAAGGGCAAGGCAUGUCCUGCCCACCAGCCCCAGCACUUUUAAGUUGGGUGCAGCAUCUCACGUGCAUGAGAGGUUUUCAUCUGUAACUUCUAACUGAAAAACUGUCAAAUUCUAUUUUUUAUUUUAUAAAUCAACAAGGUUUUAACAUGAUCAACUUUUUUUUUUCAAUUGUAUGCAGGCCUUAAAAAAGCUACAUUAAGCGUAGCUAAAAUUAUUUAUUGGACUUAAAUUUAGAAAACCUCAUUUCCAGACUUUUUUUUUCCUAAACGUGCACAUUCAAUUAAUGGGAAAAAAAUAAAACAAAACAAAAACCGGCAUAAACUCGUGGCAUUUGAUGGAGCAUAAUUGUUUAAAUAAAUUUUCAUCUUGGGGUUAUAACAGGCUAGUUGUUUUUACAUCCUCUUGAAGUGCACAGCAUCAGAAUGAAUUAAUAAUACAUGUAUAAGUGCCAGACAGCUAAAUCUUUAUCAGGUAUUGUAAAGAUGCACACACGGUAUAUUUAUAAAAAGUUGAAAUCAUGAAUAAAUGUGCAAACCCAUGAUCAUAGUACACCAUAUGCACUCUGAUACCUUAAUUUUUUUUAUAAAUAAUAAAAGUGAAUAUUGAAGCUUCUUAAA